AACCUCGUUUCCCGCUAUUUGUACUUCCGGAAUUUAAGAAAAGCACACAGCAGCAUGGCAGCAGAUAGCACAAUGUGUAAUGGCCAAGAAACGGCCUCCUUGAACGGAGAGCCAGCUUUCAAGCGACCUCGGGAGAGUGGACAGGUCGAGUCCCUGCGGAUUCCGAAGGAACCUCGGAAUAAAGUAACCGUGGUCCUCGGUGCGCAAUGGGGAGACGAGGGAAAGGGGAAAGUGGUUGACCUGCUAGCCAUGGACGCGGACAUAGUAUGCAGGUGUCAGGGAGGCAACAACGCAGGCCACACAGUGGUGGUGGACUCUGUGGAGUAUGACUUCCACUUGCUGCCCAGUGGAGUGCUCAACAAGAAGGCUGUCUCAUUUAUUGGGAACGGGGUUGUGAUACACCUGCCUGGCCUCUUCGAGGAGGCUGAAAAGAACCUGCAGAAAGGCAAAGGACUGCAAGGAUGGGAGAAGCGGUUAAAGAUAUCUGACCGUGCACACAUUGUGUUCAACUUCCACCAAGCUGUUGAUGGGAUCCAGGAACAACAGAGACAGCAACAGGCGGGAAAGAAUUUGGGAACCACCAAAAAGGGCAUUGGACCUGCCUAUUCUUCCAAAGCUGCUCGCAAUGGACUGAGAGUCUGUGACCUUGUGUCUGAUUUUACUGUCUUUGAGGAGAAGUUCCGUGUGUUGGCAGAGCAUUUCCUUACUAUGUACCCCAACCUCAAUGUUGACAUUGACAGUGAGCUGCAACAACUUAAGCUGUAUGCUGAGAGGUUGCGCCCCCUUGUGACCGAUGGGGUGUACUUCAUGCACAAGGCCCUCACUGGGCCCAGCAAGAAGAUUCUGGUGGAGGGAGCCAAUGCAGCCCUCCUGGAUAUUGACUUUGGCACCUACCCGUUUGUGACGUCCUCUAACUGUACUGCUGGGGGGGUGUGCACUGGCCUGGGUGUGCCCCCGUCCCAUGUGGGGAGGGUGUAUGGUGUGGUCAAGGCUUACACCACCCGGGUGGGUGUUGGCGCUUUCCCCACUGAGCAGGACAAUGAGGUUGGCAACUUGUUGCAGUCCAGAGGGAGGGAGUUUGGUGUGACAACGGGCCGGCGGCGCCGCUGUGGCUGGCUGGACCUGAUCCUUGUCAGAUACGCCCACAUGGUCAACGGCUUCACAGCCAUCGCUCUGACCAAGCUUGACAUCCUCGACACGCUGCCAGAAAUCAAAGUGGGUGUGGCCUACACUGUUGAUGACGAGCCCCUUCCCAGUUUUCCUGCCAAUAUGGACGUGCUGACGCGGGUGUCAGUGAAGUAUGAGACGCUACCUGGAUGGUGCUGCAGCACUGAGGAUGUGCGGUGCUUUGAGGAGCUGCCUUCUCAGGCACAGAGCUACAUCCGCUUCAUCGAGGACUUCUUGCAAGUGCCAGUGAAAUGGAUUGGAGUUGGAAAAUCCAGAGAAAGCAUGAUCAAGCUGUUCUGAUCAGUUUGAGGUUUGGGAACUGAUAUCUUUUGGGUUUCUCGCCAUCACAACAGCUGCUUGGGACAACAAUUAUGUUUUGUUGAUGAAUACUUAGAUGACUAUAAACUUUGGGUUAAAGUCCCAAAGUCUGUUCUGCAGAAAAGGAAAAACAUCACCAGCAAUGUUAUUAGUGAAAUGUAUAACCUGCAUUCCAUAGCUUUCUUUUCUUUUGAUAUGACAACACAAUAUAUUGACCAAUAUGAUGUUCAUCCUCAGUAUGUAAUGGACAGGGAUUAAACCUUUAACACCUGUGGUAGCCAUCCCAGGCUUUCAUCAACCUUUUUUCAUUUAGUUGAACUAGUAAUACAAGUUUUUACAACUGUUUGUUUUUUUGUUUGGUUUCUUUUAAAGCUAGAUUUUAAAAUGACCUCACCUUGUAGUUAUUUUUUACACAAUCUUUUGCUUAAAGGUCGCGAUACUAGGCUAAUGUUUAAGGAAGCCUCAUAAUUAGGUCUUUGGAUGAGCUGGCCUGUUGUAUGAAGGAAUUAUAGGCAGGAUUUCAGAUUCAAAAGGGAUGCUGUCUGAAAGCCUCAAUUUCAUAUUGAUCAUUAAGAUCAAGAACCUGUGACUGCACACGAACACACUGGCUGAUGUUUAGAACCUGGGUGGAACUCCAUGUUAAUGUACAGUAACAGUCAAGUUUGGACACCUACUCAUUCAAGGGUUUUUCUUUAUUUUUGCUAUUUUCUACAUUGUAGAAUACUAGUGAAGACAUCAAAACUAUGAAAUAACACAUGGAAUCAUGUAGUAACCAAAAAAAGUAUAUACAAAAAAUAAAAAAACAACCCUUGAAUGAGUAGGUGUGUCCAAACUUUUGACUGGUAGUGUAUAUACAAACUACACAAAUGUUUUCCAUAAUAUUUCAUUUAGUGUAAUGAAGAAAGUAAACAAUAUGCUUCUUCUCACCUGUUACAACAACCCUACAAUUAUCAAUAAAAUACUAAAUGUCA